AUGCAGCCCGCCGGCCGCGAAAUGCACGGCGGCGGGCAGGGGCAGGACGACUUCUUCGAGCAGAUGCUGUCCGCGCUGCCGACGGCCUGGGCCGAGCUCGGCUCCGUCAGGCCCCCCUGGGAGCUCCAGGCGGCCGGCGCGCCCCCGCACGACGGCGACCCCGGGUUCGACGAGUCCGCCCUCCUCGCCUCCCGCCUCCGCCACAACCAGAUCAGCGGCGGCGGAGGGGACGACAAGCCGCCGCCGGCCAUGCUUCCCCGCCACGGCCUCGACGGCGGGGGGUUCCUGCCGCUGCCUCUGUUCACUGACCGGUCGCGGGAGGACCUGCAGGGGGCUAACCAGGCGCUGUUCGACGGGUUCGGGGCCGCCGGAAUGCACGCCGCCGGCGCCGCGCAGCCGCCGUUCGGGCAGGUGAGCCAAGAACCACCGCCGCGUCCAGCUUUGGCUUUGUUCCGUGUUUCAUCAGUCGCACUAACAGAACUCUGCCUUCUUUCCCCCCGUGCAUCGAAGGCCGGCUCAAUGCCGCCGCCAGCGGCGCAGGGCGGGGCGGCGGCGCCGCCGCGGCAGCGGCAGCGGGCGAGGAGGGGGCAGGCCACCGACCCCCACAGCAUCGCCGAGCGUCUCAGAAGGGAGAGGAUAGCGGAGAGGAUGAAGGCGUUGCAGGAGCUGGUCCCGAACGCCAACAAGACCGACAAGGCAUCGAUGCUCGACGAGAUCAUUGAUUAUGUCAAGUUCCUCCAGCUUCAAGUCAAGGUUCUCAGCAUGAGCCGAUUAGGCGGAGCUGCUGCAGUUGGCCCUCUGGUUGCUGGCUUGUCAUCAGAGAGCAGCGGAAAUGGAAACGGGACCAGCAGCAGCGGCGACGGCAAUGGCGACGAUGACAAUGGUGGCAGCACCUUGCGGGCGACAGAGCAACAGGUGGCGAGGCUGAUGGAGGAGGACAUGGGCACUGCCAUGCAGUACCUGCAGGGCAAGGGGCUCUGCCUGAUGCCGAUCUCCCUUGCCUCGGUCAUCUCCUCCGCAACCUCAUCGUCGCUCCGCUCCGCCACCCGCCCUGCUGGUAAUGCCGGAGGACCCCUGCACGAAGGCGGUAGCCCUGCGUCGCCUCAGUUGGUGAACAGCAUGGGCACCGAUGGCUCCCGGACCAUCGGGGACGGCAGUGGACAGUGA